UGUUCCCGUCGAGUGCGCGCGUGUCUGUUCUGUGUCCGUCAUGACCCGGGUCGCGUCGGUCUCUGCCCAGAAGUGAGAGCAGCUCCGGUCCCCGGGGACCCGAGGACCCGAGGAUCCAGCUGAAGUCCGCGGGUGCGACGAGCCCCCGAGUCUCCGCGUUUCCUGUGACGCAGCACAGCCGCGUCGCGUCGCGUCGCGCCGCGCACUUCGGAUAGAGCGGCGUCAACGCGCGUUCGUGACUCGGGUCAUUUGGAACGAACCCAGCCUGGUGUGAAUGUGUCCCUGACGCGUUAAGGCGCUGAUUCGAGGUGCGUCUGUGGAGGAGAGCUGCCCGAGCUGCGGAGCGUCGAACCUGCAGUGAGGAGUCGAACCGACACCUGCAGGUGAUGCGGAGCAUCAGAUACCUGCUUUAGAGGAAUUUACAGCGUCUCCGCCGGGAGCGGGUCUGAACGGAGCGCAGCAAAAGGAAAAAGUGGGAUUGUUUUUAUUUCAUCAUGAGUGGACGCGGACGCGUGUCGAGUUUGUGACCAAACAGCUGGAGGAGGAGAACAUCUGGCUUAUUCCAGACACCGAGAGGAAACACCUGGUUCUGUUGCACGGACAAAGGUACUUGAAGGCAUCACGGGCCUGAAGAAUGUAAAGCUGGAGCAGCCGAGGCCUUAAAGCCCCGCUUUAGCCCCCACGGGGAUGUGUGAGACGGGGAACGGCCCAACAGGAAGUCCCCUGGGCUCGCCGUGGUAGGCGGGACCCCCUGCGGUCGGCCCUGUCCCGGUGACGGGGGCCUCGAUGUUCUGGCCCGUCUCCCCCGCCCGCUGCUACAGCCGCUGUGCCGUCGCAUCCCCGCCCGCGUCCGCUGCUCCUCCGCUCACACGACAAUGACCCCAGCCGCCCCCGGCCGCGGCCUCCUGCCCCGGACCCUGACCCUAACUCUGACCCUGGUGCUCCUCAGCUGCCGGCUGGGCUCGGCCUCCCCCAAAGCGGCCGCGUGGGGGGACUCUCAGGCCCAGGAGCACGCCCACUCCAUCCGCCUGGACGGCGACAUCAUCCUGGGCGGCCUGUUCCCCGUGCACGCCCGCGGCGAGAGGGGCGUGCCCUGUGGCGAGCUGAAGAAGGAGAAGGGCAUCCACCGGCUGGAGGCCAUGCUGUUCGCCAUCGACCUGAUCAACAAGGACCCGGAGCUGCUGCCCAACGUGACGCUGGGCGCCCGCAUCCUGGACACGUGCUCCCGCGACACCUACGCGCUGGAGCAGUCGCUCACCUUCGUGCAGGCGCUCAUCGAGAGGGACGGCUCGGACGUGCGCUGCUCCAACGGCGAGCCGCCCGUCUUCACCAAGCCCGACAAGGUGGUGGGCGUGAUCGGGGCGUCGUCCAGCUCCGUGUCCAUCAUGGUGGCCAACAUCCUGCGCCUGUUCAAGAUCCCUCAGAUCAGCUACGCCUCCACGGCUCCGGAGCUCAGCGACAACACGCGCUACGACUUCUUCUCCCGCGUGGUUCCUCCCGACUCCUACCAGGCGCAGGCCAUGCUGGACAUCGUCACCGCCAUGGGCUGGAACUACGUGUCCACGCUGGCCUCCGAGGGAAACUACGGGGAGAGCGGAGUGGAGGCCUUCGUGCAGAUCUCCAGAGAGUCGGGUGGGGUGUGUAUCGCCCAGUCUCUGAAGAUCCCUCGAGAGCCCAGACUGGGUGAAUUCGACAAGCUCGUGCUCCGUUUGCUGGAGACGCCCAACGCCAGAGCCGUCAUCAUGUUCGCCAACGAAGACGACAUCCGCCGAAUCCUGGACGCUGCCCAACGUCACAACCUGACAGGCCACUUCCUGUGGGUCGGCUCUGACAGCUGGGGCUCCAAGAUCUCUCCGGUGGUCCACCAGGAGCGCGUGGCCGAGGGUGCCGUCACCAUCCUGCCCAAGAGGGCGUCGGUGGACGCGUUCGACCGCUACUUCAAGAGCCGCUCGCUGUCCAACAAUCGCAGGAACGUCUGGUUCGCAGAGUUCUGGGAGGAGAACUUCGGCUGUAAGCUGGGAAUGCACGGCAAGAGGCCCGGCAGCCCCAGGAAGUGCACGGGUCUGGAGAAAGUGGGCCGUGACUCCACGUACGAGCAGGAGGGGAAGGUGCAGUUUGUGAUGGACGCCGUCUACGCCAUGGCGCACGCCCUGCACCACAUGCACCGGCAGCACUGCGCCGGGUUCCCCGGCCUGUGUCCGCGCAUGGCCAGCGUCGACGGCAAGGAGCUGCUGGCUCACAUCCGCGCCGUGGGCUUCAACGGAAGCGCAGGGACUCCAGUCACCUUCAACGAAAACGGAGACGCUCCCGGCCGCUACGACAUCUUCCAGUAUCAGAUGAGCAACCGGUCAACAGCCGAAUACAAGGUCAUCGGACACUGGACGAACCAGCUGUACCUGAACAUGGAGGCCCUGCAGUGGAGCACCGGCGAGGCCUCGCUCCCCCUCUCCGUGUGCAGCCUGCCGUGCCGCACGGGCGAGCGGAAGAAGGUGGUGAAGGGGGUCCCGUGCUGCUGGCACUGCGAGCGCUGCGAGGGCUACCACUUCCAGGCCAGCGAGUUCACCUGCGAGCUGUGCUCCUACGAGAAGCGGCCCAACCACAACCGCACCAGCUGCCAGCCCAUCCCCAUCAUCAAGCUGGAGUGGCACUCCCCCUGGGCGCUGGUGCCCGUCUUCAUCUCCGUGCUGGGCAUCGUCGCCACCACCUUCGUCAUCGUCACCUUCGUGCGCUACCACGACACCCCCAUCGUGCGCGCCUCCGGGCGGGAGAUGAGCUACGUGCUGCUGACGGGCAUCUUCCUGUGCUACGUCAUCACCUUCCCCAUGAUCGCGGCGCCGGACGUGGCCGUCUGCUCCUUCCGCCGCGUCUUCUUGGGCCUGGGCAUGUGCUUCAGCUACGCCGCGCUGCUCACCAAGACCAACCGCAUCCACCGCAUCUUCGAGCAGGGCAAGAAGGCGGUGACGGCGCCGCGCUUCAUCUCGCCGGCCUCGCAGCUGCUCAUCACCUUCUCGCUCAUCUCCGUGCAGCUGCUGGGCGUCCUGGUGUGGUUCGCCGCCGACCCGCCGCACACCUUCGUGGACUACGGCGAGCAGCGCACGCAGGACCCGCGGAACGCGCGCGGCGUCCUCAAGUGCGACAUCUCCGACCUGUCGCUGAUCUGCUCGUUGGGCUACAGCAUCCUGCUGAUGGUCACAUGCACUGUUUACGCCAUCAAGACGCGCAGCGUGCCAGAGACCUUCAACGAGGCCAAGCCCAUUGGAUUUACUAUGUACACAACCUGCAUCAUCUGGCUGGCCUUCAUUCCCAUCUUCUUCGGCACGGCUCAGUCGGCGGAGCGGAUGUACAUCCAGACGGCCACGCUGACCGUCUCCCUCAGCCUCAGCGCCUCCGUCUCCCUGGGGAUGCUGUACAUGCCCAAGGUCUACAUCAUCAUCUUCCACCCCGAGCAGAACGUGCCCAAACGCAAGCGCAGCUUCAAGGCCAUCGUCACGGCCGCCACCAUGACCAGCAAGCUGUCGCAGCUGGCGGCCGAGCGGCCCAACGGCGAGGUGAAGACGGAGCUGUGCGAGGGGGUGGAGGCCAGCGUGCCGCCGACAAAAACCACCUACGUCAGCUACACCAAUCACGCCAUGUGAAGACAUGAGACGCUGCCGGAGCUGGAGACGAGGCGCCCCGAAGCGCCGGAGGGCGCGUCCGCUCGGACACCCAACCAUCUGUGGUGUUUCUGUGUUUACAGGCUGCAGGGAUCGAGACAGAACGUCACCAAAAAACCCAAAAGGGUCCGGACUUAAAACCACUACGAAGCAGGAGGAUGAUGACGAAGAAGCAGGACAACGGGGGAAAAACAAAAAAACAAGAAAAACAAAAAGGGGCCGGUGAUAUUUGUUGUAGUUCUAACUGUAUGUUUAAAAAAAAGCUUGUGCUGUGAGCAUUUCUGGUUCUUGUCUCAUGUCGUCCGUCCGUCGACCUGCAUUAUGAGAUGAGUCCGUCGCUGUUUUUGGCUAAAUGAACAGUAGCUUUUGGUCGUGAAAUGUCUAAAUGCCAUGGUUGAACUGAAGCAUGCCCGUUUUUAUACAAAUGAUCUAUUUAUAAUAAAGGAAUGUUUCACACA